UACUAGCAGCCUCGGAACGGGUCGAAAACUGUUCGGAUUGUGUUUGUUACCUCUUCGGAGAGAAGUUCGGGAGUUAUUCAGUACGGACCGGAAUAAACGCCGAACUAAUUCACACAAUUUGAGCUAUCGUGGAUGAAAUGCCGAAAAGAAAGCGCGGAGUGUGGAAGCGGUCUUCAUGUAACCCAAGUCGAGUAUCGUCGUCCACUGCUUUUGUAAAGCCCAAAGAGGACGAGGACGCAGUGUCCAUCUGGGUCCAGUGCGAGAUUGAGAGCUGUCAAAAAUGGCGCCAAAUUUCAGCCGAGGAAGCCGAGGGCUUAGGGGACAGCGCUUGGUAUUGCUGGCUCAAUCGUGACACGCGCUACAACAACUGCUCCGCCUUGGAACAGAAAGCCAAGAAACCCAAGCAUAUGAAAUACAUAUACAGUCUGCUUCCCCUGGGGGAGGUGGUCAUGGCUAAAUUGUCGGGUUACCCGCCUUGGCCAGGAAUACUUACCCGUGAUCCAACUUGCGGCGAGUACUACGACGCUCCGCUGGACAAAGAGAACGAAAUCACCCAUUAUCACGUAGAAUUUUUCGGCCAGCCUCGUUCCCGUGCAUGGCUGGUGCCAGCCCGCGUGCAUCCGCUGCGUUCCAUGAACGAGACUAAGAUGGUUCCUCAAUUCAGAAAGAUUCAGGGAAGGCAAGUGAUUGAACUCAAGAAGUCGUACGAGUUUGCGCUCAAGGAAGCGCAGAGCUCCCUUAACACGACUGCAGAGGAGAGGAUAGAGACGUGUCACUUCAAAUAUGUUGAGGAGGAAGACAAACCCAACCAGGUUGCAGUUGGCAUGGAGAGAGCAGAUCCAGCUGAAAAAGUCGAAGUGCCCGCCAAAAUUCCCGCACGCCGCAAUACCGACACUCCGUUGAACUCCCCAACGAUUCCUUUACUAGCAAAUAUCCACUUUGGGGUCGAACAAGGAAACUUGUUAAAUCCAGACCUGAAGGAAAAAGAAUUCCUGGAGCGUCUGCAGUCGUUUUCAUUAGAGCGAGGGGUCAGUUUACCCAAAGCACCUGUCUGGCGAGGGAAAAGCAUCAAUCUGCUUAGAUUCUACAAGUUGGUUCAGAAACGUGGGGGAUUUGAAAAAGUUUGUCGGCGCAGAAUGUGGGACGAAUUGUAUAACGAGUUGGUGGAGUCGAAUGAGAUAUAUGAAGGAAUAAGCACGCCUGCACAAGUUUUCUACCAAAAAUAUCUGAUGCCCUUUGAGCAUCAUCUCGGAAGUGAAAAGACGAACGAGUUCCAAUUUGUCCCAAACGAUGUUUACAAACCGCCUCCUAAGUGGCCAAGCUCUAAACCAGUCUGCCAGCGGAGAAGGACUUCCUGCUCGUCAGCUACGGACGAAGGUGAACAAAUGGUGCCUCAGAAUUCCCACGUAACUCACAAACAAAGCGCAGAUUCGAAGAAAGACCACGGCACUUGUGAAAAUGUGAACAACACAGUGGUGAAUAGGGCUUUCCAGUCAUGCACACCUUUACCAAGAGAGGCGAGUCGGGAUGAGGUUCCCAGUUCGAAUCCACAUUCCCCUCACCUGUCGUUUGGCGGCUGUUCUUUUGAUAGCGAUGAUGACGAAAGCACAAGUUCCACUUGCGAAGCAGCGGAGCGUGAACUUCAACAGCUAGAGAGAUUGUUGUUGUCCCUUGAGCCCUCCCUUUACCCUCAGACAGGUGAUGCACUCUCCAAGAGCAGAGAGCAGCAAGUGGUAAAACAGUUCCCUCAUGAAGAGCCUGUAGGUAUAAACAAAACUACGGAGGAAGUAGACCUUACAAGAACUUUGGAUGAAAUAGCCAGAAUAGAAGGGGCCAUAGCAGAUCUGAAUACAUUGGUUUCAUUAGACAUGGUGAAGCUGUGAUUUGUGAUAUGCAUGUAUCGGACUAAAUAACUCGUAUUCCCUCAUUGAGUAUUUUCGGAGCGAACAGAUCCCGAAAAUGUUGGUAGACAGCGUUUUGAAGAAGGUGUACUCGUUAUUUUCGACCAUUUUGACAAGUUGCUAAGGUUAGCAGCCGUCUGUUGGACUGAUUUGUUUUCUCUGAGCGUCUAAAGAGAUCACCGUUUUGUCAAUGUUUUGAAUAAACCAUGUGUUCCAGAGGCAUAU